AGACGCCGUAUGUUUGUGUUUUGUGUUUGAUGGUGACGAAAAUGGCGGACGAGCUGGACAGAGUACGAAUUUCGGCCGCUGAACUACGAGUAGAGGCGUCGAGUUUUGUCACACAAAAGGGCAACUUAAAAGAGGUAGAAGAGAACACCAGUAAGAAGCAGCUACAGCGAGAGGUGAGACGGCCGGAUCUGCAGCGCUAUCAGCCUGGAGCAGGGCAGUCGCGCAGACGCAAAGACAGCGCGGAGGGAGAAGCGCGGGCGCUUUCCAGUGAGCGUGCACACACAUCGGGCGAGCGCGUGUCAGAUCCGGACAUCAAAAUGCCUGACAGCUCUCCAAGUUCUGAUCUGAAUCUCCUCAGUGGAGACUGUCCAUCAGGGACAAGCAACUUCAAUACGGACAGAACUAAAGACUCUUCCAACCAUCUGCAUGCUGGAAGGAGCCCUGUUAAAGAUAAGAUAUCAAGAACUGGUACAUCUGGGUCUCCGAAACUGUCUCGGAAAAUACGCAAACCUGAUCGUGAGAUAUAUCAGCCAGGUGGACGAAGGUCCAAAGGUGGUAGAGGCUCUGGUUUAAACAAGGAGUUGGAGCAACUAUCCAAAGAAAAGGAAGAAAAAACAACAGCUGGUAGCUGUGGAUGUGUGGGAUUAGUGGAAGAAGGUAAGGAUAUGCUGGAGGAGGACGUAAAAGAAAGAGAGGAGAAAGAAAAGGUGAAAAAAAGCAAAGAAGGCAGAAGAAAACAGGAGCCAGGAAAAGAGCAGAAGAGUUCAGACUCGCCAUCUACACACAACGGCCUGACCAGUGUUGAAAAUGUAACCGAUAAAGUGACGAACCUCAACAUUAGCAGCCCCGCAACUUUGGAGUCACAAGGAAAGAAAGGAGCCCGAGCUGAAGAUGGGGGUGAUAGGAGAAAAAAGUUGAGCAGUGAGGGCCGCAGGAACAGAGCAGGAGGGGCAGAGAGAGGCUCGUGUGAUGUGGAUGGAAAGAAGAAGGAGAGGGGGACCCAAAGGUCCAGAGGGGGCAGAGAGAGGGGUUCCAACCAUGCUUCAGGGAGGAGGGAAGAAGGGGAGGGAGUGGAGAAAAGCUCCGCCACACACCAGUGGGAGAAAAACUAUGACCAAACAACAGAAGAACGGUGGCAGCGCGAUGUGCAAGCAAAAGAUGUUGGUCAAGACCAAAACUUACAAGGAAAACAUAGAAAUAACCACACAAAAGACAGGAACGGAGAGAGACACCGGCUGUCUGAAGAAUCGGGCAAUAACAAAGUGAGCUCUGCUUCCAAACGCUAUUCCAAGUCAGACAUCCGGCGUCCUCGAAACCGGACCUAUAGCACGAGCUCAGCCAGCAGUGGAGCCAGCAUCGAUGCACCAAGAGGCUCUCAGAGACGUAAGGCUAAUGCAGCUUUCGGGGGAAGGGAGAGGGGAGAGGGGAGACUUGCACCCAGGUCUCAUGAAAUGAUGAUGGCGUUAAAAGAAGGGACCACAGAGAAGCAGCCCAGACAGAAGAGGUGGACAGCUAGAGAGAUGUCCUCCACGGAUUCCCUUGAGGAGGGUGAGGUAUGGGAACGGGAUGAUGAGAGAAGAGGCCUGCGAGACAGAGAGGCUGAGGAUGACAGCAGUGCUUUCAUAGCCUCCAAACGGAACAACAGGGGCUUAAGAGGAUCUUUGGGCAGUGGUCGAGGAGGAAUUUUAAGAGUUUCUUUAGACAAGCAAUCUAGUUCUUCCACAGGAGCUGGUGAGGACCAGACAAAGCGAAAAAAUCAGGGUCCCAGAGGUAGAGGACGAGGUAUCCUGGUCCUCCCAGCACACACUGAGCUAACUGCAUCCCCAGAGCCUGGACCUCGUCUGAUGGGUGGGAUGAGAGGUGGUAUGGGCCUGGCCAGAGGAAGAGGGGGUCGUGGAGGAAGUACAAGGAGGCUCUGGGACCCAAAUAACCCUGAUAAGAAACCUGCCCUGGCAGGCAACCAACAGUCUCAGCGUUCUCCUCUCCAGCAGUCGUUAUACCUACAGCAUCAAGGAGGAUAUGGCCCGCUGCACUUCCUGGACACUGAUGAUGAAACUGCAGGGAGCCCUCCAAUCCCCCAGGGGGAUCACUUCCAAAGUCAGCAGGCUGCUGCCAUGGCUUACUACAAAUUCCAGAACUCUGACAAUCCUUACUGCUACCCAUUGCCAGCCAAUGCUCCAAACACCCCUCCACGCUAUGCAUAUCCCUAUCAGUUUUCAUACCAAAUGUCUGCCUCUAAUGGGAUUUACCCCAGCCCUGCUCUGGCACCUUUCUAUGGAACAUAUGGUCAGGGUGGUCAGGGUUACCCCAUUACAGGUGGCACCACAAUUAGCCAGGAGGAGGCAGAGGUACAGACCAGGGGGGAGUUAGGAAAACUGCUGCGAGUGGCUGACAGUCAGGAGCUCCAGCUCAGCAACCUACUGUCCAGGGAACGACUGAGCCCAGAUGGACUGGACAGGAUGGCCCAGCUGAGGGCAGAGCUCUUGACAUUGUAUGAGCGAGUGAUUCUAACGGAUAUUGAGUUCUCAGACUCUCAGAACUUGGACCAAGUGCUGUGGAAGAAUGUGUUUUAUCAGGUCAUUGAGAGAUUCAGACAACUUCUGAAAGACCAGGACUCUGAUACAGCUGUUCAGAUCAGAGCCAUGCUUUUAACAAUACUAGAAGAGGGGGCAGUGUUCUUUGAUUCACUGCUGCAGAAGCUGCAAACUGUUUUCCAGUUUAAGCUUGAAGACUACAUGGAUGGAAUGGCAGUACGCUCAAGACCUCUGCGCAAAACGGUGAAAUACGCUCUGAUCAGUGCUCAGCGCUGUAUGAUCUGUCAGGGAGAUAUUGCAAGAUACAGAGAACAAGCCAGUGAUUCUGCCAACUAUGGUAAAGCACGCAGUUGGUACCUAAAAGCUCAGCAAAUUGCACCAAAAAAUGGAAGACCCUACAAUCAGCUGGCUUUGCUGGCAGUGUACACAAAGCGAAAGCUGGAUGCUGUGUAUUACUACAUGCGUAGUCUGGCUGCCAGCAACCCAAUUCUCACAGCCAAGGAGAGCCUGAUGAGUCUGUUUGAGGAAGCCAAGCGCAAGGCUGAGCAGAUCGAGCGCAGGCGUAAGCAAGAUCUGGAGGCUGGCACACGGGGCCUGCGGGGGCGUGGAGGGGGUCGGGGUGAGGAUGCCACCCGCGUGGAAAUCUGGAUACGUCCCAGCGGGCAUCCGGGAGUAGCAUCUCGCUCAGCGGGCAGCGAGUCGAGCAAAGAGCCGGAGCAGGACGCAGGGCUGAGCGCACUGACCGCCAGUGAUCUCAACAAGAGAUUUAUCUUGAGUUUUCUCCACACUCAUGGAAAGCUCUUCACUAAAGUAGGGAUGGAGAGCUUCCCAGCUGUGGCCAGUCAUGUGUUGCGGGAGUUCCGGGCCCUCCUCCGGCAUAGCCCCUCCCCUCUUGGUACUGCACGCAUGUUGCAGAUCGUCACAAUCAACAUGUUCACUAUCCACUACGCACAGACCAGAGCCGGAGGACAGGGAGAAACCCGUUCAGUGUUGGAGGAACAGGCCACCUCUCUGGGUUUGGCUAUGUUUGGGCUGCUAGUGCAACGUUGUACAGAAAUCCUGAAAGAAACCCCCGCAGAGCUCAUCCCAGCGGAGGAGCUUGGAGAUUGUGAUGCAGAGGAAGAAGAGCCCAUGGUGCGAGUGUCCAUGUUUCCGACUGACCUGCGGGAGCUUCUUCCCAGCGUUAAAGUCUGGUCUGACUGGAUGCUGGGCCACCCGGAACAGUGGAACCCUCCCCCAUGCAGUGUCGACGGCAGCCCAGACGUCUGGCAGUUCCUGGCAGAGCUGUGCAAUGCACUGGCGUGUGUCUACCAUGGCGAGACGCCGCUCUACAAGGCAGACGCUGACAGCCAGGGGGAAGAGGACAUGCGUCUGCUGGUGCUGGAGGAGGACCGAAUGCUGGCCGGGUUCAUCCCCCUGCUGGCUGCUCCGCAGGAGCCCUGCUACAUCGACCCGCAGACAGACGCUGCCAUGGCAGCAGACUGUAAGCGAGUGACUGUACUGAAGUACUUUCUGGAGGCUCUGUGUGGUCAGGAGGAGCCACUGCUGGCCUUUAAAGGAGGGAAGUACAUCUCAGUAGCAGCACCUCCCGCUCCCAGCCAGCAAAGGGAGGGCAAGAGCCAGUCACAGACUCCCGAGCAGAGCCAGCAGGAGGAUGAUGUGAUAUUAGAGGACUCCUCCCUGUCUGCAUCGGAGGGAGAGGUGGAUGGGGAUGUAAGCGAGGAUGACAUUCGAGAGCUGAGAGCUCGGCGCCACGCGCUAGCUCAUAAACUAGCCCAGCAGCAGAAGAGGAGAGACAAAAUACAGGCUGUGCUGCAGACAGGAGGGCAACUGGAGCUAGAGAUCAGGCCCUUCUACCUUGUCCCUGAUACCAAUUGCUUCAUCGACCACUUAGAUGGCCUGAGGAAGCUACUGGCCUGUGGGACCUACAUACUGGUGGUCCCUCUGAUUGUGAUCACAGAGCUGGAUGGCUUGGCUAAGGGCCUCGAGUGCCGUGACGGGGAGCCGGCAGCCCACGCCAGGCUGGUGCAGGAGCAGGCUAAAGCAGCCGUGGCCUUCCUGGAGAAGGGCUUUGAGGCCCGCGAGCCAGGCUUGAGGGCACUCACAAGCAGGGGGAGCCAGCUGGAGUCAAUUGCCUUCCGCAGUGAGGACACCUCUGGACAAAAGGGCAACAAUGAUGAUGUGAUUUUGUCAUGCUGUCUGCAUUACUGUCAAGACAAGGCCAAGGACUUCAUGCCUGUUCAAAGAGAUAGGCCAGUUCGCUUGCGCAGGGAAGUGGUUCUGUUAACGGAUGACCGGAACCUGCGUGUGAAGGCCCUGACCAAGAAUGUUCCCGUUCGAGACAUCCCCGCCUUCCUGAGCUGGGCUAAAGUGGGCUGAAGAAAGGGACCAAACUUCCUACUGUAUAAACCGCUCAACCUCCACUGCAACUGUGGGUGGAAGGCAAGAACAUGGCACAGAGGGAGUGAGAUGGGGUGUGUGUGAGAGAGAGAGAGAGAGGGGGGGGGGAGAAGGUGCUUCAUUUUUGUUAGACCAACAAAAAAAGCAUAGAAUGAAAAAAGACGUCAUUUUAAAGAAAUGAGGAGAAGAGUUUCUUUAUCCCCUUAACAGCAGAACAUGUGAAGAGUGGCAGGAGGGCGUUUGAGGGUAAGACAGGCUGAGUUGAAUAAGGGCUCGCACCGCUUAGGUGCACGGGAUGGUUUUGCAGCCGCAGGCCUGUGUAUGUAUGAGUGGGGAGAAAAACAUCGAGAGGCCAUUCUCUGCUGUGCUGUUUAGUCUGCAGUGCCAGCCUGCAAUAUCAAACACAAGGGUUCAGAGAGGGGCGAAGAGAGUGAACGAGCACGAGUGAGCUGGAGGAUUGGGCUGACAUCAGACCACAGAGGCAGACAUGCCUGACUACUUUGGCAUCCCACAGGGAGCUUGUAAAGAGCUCAAAGCCCCAGGAGUGAGGUGAGAGACCCGGGGCAGCAUUUUCUCUCGUUCCUGUUUUAUGGCCUACAAGACUAUUUGCAAUGCCUUGCUUCAGUCUGAUUGAUCACUUGCAGUCUUUUUUGUUUGUUGUUUUUUUUUUGUGUGCAUGUUUUGUUUUGGGUUUUUUUUUUUGGUUUUUUAAGAAGAACCUCCCCAUCCUAGCUUACAUUGCAACAUAAUACAACUUCAACAUCCAAAUAAUACUCAUUGUGGUACAUUUUAUAUCAGUUACGGUGCUCCAUCUAAAUAUUUGGUAGAAUUCUUACGUUGUGCACCAAAUUCCUCAGAACAAAAGUGUGGGCACUGCACUACUAAGCAGUGUAUAAUUUUGGGACAUAUCAAUCAAGGUUAACAAAUAUGAAAUAUUGAUUACUAUACCAUUCACAAAGUAACACCCUUUUUUUAAAAUUCUCAACUAAUUCUUUAAUUCAGUUUCUACUAAGAUACAUUACACAAGCUUUUGCCAUACACCAUUUUAAAAAGAAAGGUCAUAUUCCUUCAGAAUAAUUUAAAUGAUUAAAAAUAUAUUUAGCAAAUCCUUUGUGUUUUAACAGCUUUACAACAGUGGUUUCAAGCUCAUCUUAAAAUGUGUGUAAAUGAGUUUUUUCCUUUUCUUUUGUGGGUGAUUAUUUUAUUUGCAGGCAUAUUGUAAUUUUUCAUAAAAUGCUUGUAGCACAAACAGCAUGGUUUGCUCUGGAAGUUAAUAUUUUGCAACACCACCACUUUAGACAAAUUUAAUGGAACCUGAUAUUUCAGCUUGGUGAAAUGUUUUUAAAAGCAUCAUCUGCUGUGGCAUGAUAACAUUUAAAAAAGGCUUAAAAAUGAAGCAACACAGCUUUUGGUUUAGCAGUGCACUGUUAAUGGGCAGCUAAUGCCAGCUUCUAACGCCAUGGAGAAUUUUCUUUUGGUUUAAUUAAUAAAACUUUGGUUUCCUCA